CUUAUCUCUCACAAGAGAGGGAGAGAGACAAACUGAUAAAGAGAAGAAAAUAUCAUUUCAGAGAGGACUGAAGAGUAAAGCGAUUACAAUGGGCGGCUAUGACUCAGAGUAGGGCUUUGUAAAUAAAACAGCAAAAGGAAAAAAGGAAAACACACACUCACUCUCCCCAGAAAAGUGCGCUUAACUGAGAAGACGAAGAAAGAAAAAGAAAAAGAAAAAACAAAUGUUGGUUUUCAGAGCAACGAAAUCGAAGAUCUGUUCUGCAAUCGGAGAUCUCUGCAGCAUGAAGAGAUUCAGAAGAUUUGGACUUUGAGCUGCUGAGAAGUCAGUCUUGUGUGGAAGAAUUGGGGAGGGCUUGUUGUCUCUACAAUAGCAGAAAAUGAAAUCUGACACACUGCUUGAUUAUGCUGUGUUCCAGCUGUCGCCAAAGCGCUCACGAUGUGAGCUGUUUAUUUCCAGUGAUGGAAUGACGGAGAAGCUUACAUCAGGUCUGGUAAAGCCAUUUAUUACACACUUAACAGUUGCGGAAGAACAGGUUGCUCGAGCAGUUCAGUCUAUCAAACUUGAAGUUGAAAAACAUAAAAAUGCUGGAAAAUGGUUCACAAAAGGGACUCUUGAGAGGUUUGUCCGGUUUGUUAGUACACCGGAGGCUUUGGAGCUUGUCAAUACAUUUGAUGCUGAAAUGUCUCAGUUGGAAGCAGCACGGAGGAUUUAUUCACUACAAGGGGAAGAUAAGCUGCCCAGUUCAUUUGGUGGAGAUACUGGAGCCCCAGAUGCAGCUGACAUAACCAAGAAGGAGCUUCUGAGGGCGAUUGAUGUGCGACUUGUUGCUGUUAAGGAAGACUUGACCAUGGCUCUUGCCCGAGCGUCUGCUGCUGGUUUCACCCUUGAGACUGUCUCAGAACUAAGACUUUUUGCCGAUCAAUUUGGUGCUCAUCGCUUAAAUGAAGCUUGCAGCAAGUUCAUCUCCCUAUGUCAGAGAAGGCCGGAAUUAAUCUGUGCUUUGAAGACUACAGGAGACGAUCAAGCCGUCCGAACCAGUUCCAGUUCAGAUAUGUCCAUUGAUGACCUUGCCGGAGAAAGUGUUCCUGCCAGGCCUAGUUGGCCCCACCAAUUUCAGAGCCAGUUUCACAAUCAGCAACAGAUUCGCCAAGACCAUGAUGCUCCACAACCCCCUGAACACUCCAAAUCAUCCAUGUGUCAACAACCGAAAUCUUCCUUCAACUUCCCAAUUCGGCGUUCCAGUGAUAGGGGCGAGAACAGGGAAGGCACCAUUGAGAAGGAGAAGGACAAGGAAGAGAUUGUGACCGAGUUGCCUCAGGCUAGUCAGCAAUCGAGGCGGCUAAGUGUUCAGGACCGGAUCAAUUUGUUUGAGAACAAGCAGAAGGAGCAGUCUGGAAGUGGUGGUAAGGUCGCAUCAGGGAAGUCUGUUGAGCUUCGGAGGCUGUCUUCAGAUGUGUCGUCCACUCCUCCUGUUAUGGAGAAGGCUGUUUUGAGAAGAUGGAGUGGGGCCAGUGACAUGAGUAUGGACUUGAGUAAUGAUAGGAAGGAAAUAAAGGGCAGUUCAAUCACACCUUGUUCUUCCACAAACUCUCAGACCCAGUCCAGCAAAUCUAGCAAAUUUGCCUGUGUGAAUGAAGAUAGCAAGGAUGAUGUGGAAUCGCGCGACACAGCCACGACUUCAAAAGCUGACUUCAAGGGUUCUUCAGGUCGAUUGGAUGAUUCUGGUUUGAAAGAUCUGCCUGUUACUCGUUCCCGGGUUACGGAUUCUGAAGCCCAAGUGACAGCUUCGUUUGGCAGCUCAGAGGAUGUUCAUUCACAAGAUCGACUGGUGUCUCAAACUCAGGUGAAUGUGUUGACUGGAAAAUUAGAAAAGGUGGGGUGGAAAGAUCAAGAACCUUUUGAGAGCCACUCACACUCUAAUUCAGGCUGGGGUGAAGUUGCUUUGAAUAUUCAAGCAGUUUCUCGGGCCCAAUUUAUAUCUUAUCCUAGUGGAGCUGAGCAAUCUGGAUUACAAGAUCAGACUUCACCUCAAAACAUGUCCAGAACUCCUUUUUCUGGAACUGAGCUUCCAGAAGGGAAAGACCAAGUUGCUUCUCAGUCGCAGUUCUUGGUUCUCUCUGGUCAGGAUGCAUCUCAGAUGCCAUAUGGAGCUUCUGUGAGCAGAACAGGCACUGUCGAACUGAGAGAUCGUCCUGCUUGCCAGGCUUUAUUCAAGGAUCCUCCCAGAGCAACAGUGGACAUUGGAUCAGAUUUAAGACAACCACCAGUUUCUCAUAUUCAGGGUAAAGCUUUCUCAGGUAAGUUGGAAGGAAGUGCUGAAUUGAAAGACCAAGCAGCCUUUCAGGUUCAGUACAAAGGUUUUGAAGGUGAUCGGUUGGCUCCUCCAUUCCAGGGGAGCUCUUUCCCAGGAAAAAUGGAGGAUGUAGGGAGGAAAGAAUUGGUAUCUUUGGGGAUAGACUAUGGAGAUUUGGCCCCCAAAGUGGAAAAUAAUCUUCAUGGAACAAAGUUGCAGCGACAGAGUUCUGCACCUGAACAGAGCAAGAAGUCACAAGGUAGAAGGGGUGAGAGCACUCCAGUCAAUGGAAGCAAUGAAAUGUCUUUUCCUCGAAGAAAGAUUAUUGAAAGUCCAGGGGUGUUUGGUUCAGCCACAAUAACCCCAGUUGAGCAAAUUCAGAAGAUAAGACAGUCAAAAGGAAGUCAGGAACUUAAUGAUGAGUUGCAGUUGAAAGCUAAUGAGCUUGAGAAGCUUUUUGCAGCGCAUAAAUGUCGGGUAACCGGAGAUCAUCAGCCCUCUUCUGUUCGGAGAACUAAAGGACCAGAUACACAGGUAGAGCAGGUUGCUAGUGCCAUUUACAGGACAUCAGAUGAAGUUACUCCUGAUCGAUUGCAAGAAAAAAAUCCAGUGAGGGAAUCUUUUAGUAGUUCCAGCAACAUGGAGUUUGAUUUCAGUUCUUUAAUAAAGAAGGUAGAUAAUCAAGACCAUGGUAAUACACUCAGACAGAAUAUUACUGAGUUUGGUUCGUCCGAGGAUUCUCGAGGAAAGUUUUAUGACAGGUACAUGCAGAAACGAGAGGAAAAACUGAGGGAAGAAUGGAGUUCAAAAAGGGUUCAAAAGGAAGCCAAGAUGAAAUCAAUGCAGGAUAGUCUUGAACGGAGUAGAGCUGAAAUGAAGGCCAAGUUCUCAGGGACUCCAAGCCAGCAGGAUUCAGCUCUUCAUGCUCGUCAACGUGCAGAGAAGCUCAGAUCUUUUACCAUUCGUUUAGCCAGUAAGAACAGGGAGCAGCAGCCAAUAGAGUCUGUCCCGAGCGAAAAUGAUGAAUAUCCAUCUGAAUUUCCUGGAGAGAUACAGUAUGGACAAGAUGUACCCUUCAAUGGGAUAAAUUCAGGGGAUGGCUCUUUCAGAAGUACCCAAUCCAAGAAGCUUUUGCCCAGUAGAAGCUCAUCUUUAUCUACCCCUCGGACCUUAGUAGUGCCAGCUCCACGAUCAUCUUCAAAGUGUUCCAAUCCCAGUUCUGGCAGGCGACGGGCUCUACCAGAAAACCCCCUUGCACAGUCUGUUCCCAAUUUCUCUGACUUAAGAAAGGAAAAUACAAAACCUUCAAUAGGAAUCAGCAAGACAGCUUCUCGUUCACAGUUUCGAAAUUUUAAUGGCAGCAAGAGCACCAGUGAAGAGCUACCACUUGUUAAGGAGGAUAAGCCACGUCGAUCUCAGUCCAUGAGAAAGAUCUCUGCUAGUCCUCGUGAGUUGAAGGACUCGUCACCUCAGAACUCUGAUGGUGUUGUUUUGGCACCAGUAAGAUAUAGCAAUGAACAAACUGACGAGGGCCUCUAUGGCAAAUCUCCCAAGAAUGCUCUGUCAAAGCCCUUAUAUAGGAAGGGUGAUGGAAUAGGUCCUGGGGCUGGUGCUGGUUUGGCUAAUAUGGCAGCUUUAAUGGCAUCUGAGGACCUGAAAAACGAAGAAGAGCCUGAUGAAGUGGCUGAUAAUCCGGAAGAUUCAGUAGACAUGGUCAUGGGGGAAGAGGAAGAAUUUGGAAGAGUGACUGGUGUUGAAGGUUUUAAGGCUGCAGAUUUUCCUGCUGAUUCAGAUAAUGAGAACUCUCAACUGAACCAGGAAUCCGAAAGAUCAAGUGAUCCUGGGUCAGAAAAUGGCGAUGCCCUGAGAUCACUUUCUCAAGUGGACCGCAACUUGGUAGCUGAUGUGGCUGUUUCGGGGUCUGUUACCUUCCAUGCUUCUGCAGGUAAUGUGCAGGACUCACCAGGAGAAAGUCCUGCUUCUUGGAACUCUCGGGUGCAGCAUCCAUUUUCUUGUGUUCAUGAGACAUCAGAUAUCGAUGCCUGUGUGGACUCUCCAGUGGGGAGCCCUGCAUCAUGGAACCUGCACUCUCUCAGUCAGAUGGAAUCUGAUGCAGCUCGAAUGAGGAGGAAGUGGGGCAGUGCUCAGAAGCCAGUUCUUCUUACAGCUAAUACUUCACAUCAUCUUUCACGAAAGGACAUGACAAAAGGGUUUAGGAGGUUACUGAAAUUUGGGAGGAAAAGUCGUGGGUCUGAGAGCCUGGUAGACUGGAUAUCUGCAACAACUUCAGAAGGAGAUGAUGAUACUGAAGAAGUCCGGGAUCCAGUCAAUCGGUCAUCAGACGAAUUGAGGAAAUCAAGAAUGGGUUCCUCACAGGGUCACCCUUCUUAUGAUGGUUUUAAUGAAGGAGAGUUGUUUAAUGAACAAGCCCAAGCCUUACGUAGCUCUAUCCCUGCACCUCCAGCCAACUUCAGACUGAGAGAGGACCAUUUAUCAGGAAGUUCGCUAAAAGCGCCGCGGUCGUUCUUCUCGCUUUCAUCAUUCCGGAGCAAGGGGACUGAGUCAAAGACCAGGUGACAGCCGAGAUCUGAAGUGGUUGGAUAUAUGUAGAGCUGGCAGUUGAUUUUGAAAUAGAGGUAGAUUUCACACAAAAUCGAUGCUUCUAAAGGGGUAUAUAUGCCACAUGUAUUCUUUUCUUCCAUGGACUUCCGUGGCUUUUGGUAUUUCAUUGUGAUUUUAGUUAGUGCCUUCCCCCCCCCCCCCCCAUUAGUAGUGUUGCAAUUUGUAGCAUUGGUCUCAGUGAAAAGUCGCCAAUUGGCGUAAAAUUAUCCUUAUUUUUUGUGAGUCUAGGUCAUUAAUUUUUCUUCCCCUAUUAUUGUAGUCAUUUGUAUGCUUGUAUAUCAGUGUUUAUGACUUGUAAGAAUUCAGAAUGUCUACAGUUAAAUCCAAAAGAGAGUGAUUGC